CCGCGCAUUUGCGAUGACAAUGGUGCCAUGACUAGGUUGGCCCAGGCACCGCAGUGACCCCGGUAAUGGUGUCUCUCGUGUUUACGAAACAAUAAUUGCUGUCCGAAAAUGUCGGUCUCCGUGGGCAGAAGGAUCUUAACAAAUUUUUGUAGACACCACCUGAAGAAAUAUCCGAUACGAACAAGAGCCAUUAAGUUCAGCUCCACAGCACAAUGUAGGUCGUCUAACCCUGACACCGUGAACUCUCCGGCUUCUCCGAUUUCUGCCGCAGUGCUGAAACACUUCGGCAGUCCGCUGGUGGUAGAUCACUUUGAACCUCCCAAAAUAUCGCAGCCGAACGAAGUUCUCGUAGACGUGCACUACUGCGCCCUAAGUGCAUCAGACAUUCUGCUGGCUCAGAAUAUGUACACGUUUGAACCGUGUCUGCCAAAGAUCCUAGGCCAAGAGUUUGUCGGGAAGCUACUCCAGGUUGGGGAUGACGCAAAGAAAUGCGGGUACAAGGUUGGGGACAAGGUGAUAGCACUCAACAAAGACUGCUUCGGAGGUCUGAGUGAACAAUGCUUAGUAAACUGUGAUGACAUCUGGAAAAUACCGUCUGAGAUGAAGACCAAGGAUACGGUCAGUUUGCUCGACGACUAUGUCACUGCACUGCUUGCACUAGAGAGCAAGGUCAACCUCCAGGAGGAUGACAUAAUUAUAAUCAAUGUGGGGAUGAGUAGCAUUGGCCUGGCAGCGGUUGACCUUGCUACAAAUGUUUACAGAGCUCGGGUAAUAGGGGUCUGUGCCACCGAAGAGGGGGCUGAUUUGACCAGAGGCAAAGGCUCGGUCCUUGCGAGCUUGAAAUACAAAGACAAGCAAUUGAUGAAGCAAUUAGAGGAGUUGGCAGCUGAGAAAGACAUCCAGGCAAUCUUUGCCGACGCCGAUGGUGAGCACCUGAAGAAAGUGAUGAACUGCUUCACCGGCAUCUACAAAAAGGGCGCGACAAUGAAAGACUUAUUGCGAGACGACAGCUUCGCCGUGGUGGUGCAUCACCUGUCCCGCGAAGGGCGGGUAAUCAUUGCCGGGUCGACAGCGAUCAUGACGGAUUGCGAUUUGGACCGUUUCUGCGUGGCCGGGUUCAGUCUGAGAGAGUACAAGGAAAAGAAACUGGAAGAAUAUCGCCAAGCGGGCGACGACAUUUUAACGUUCGUCGAGGAGGGUCUGAUUAAACCCAGCUGCGCGAUGACUGUCGGACUGCACAAUGUGAACGAUGCAAUGGACUUCAUUCUUAAGAGCAAAUCACCUGGAAAAGUCAUAGUCGACAUACGAGACAAAGACGCCAAAGCAAAAGUGGUCGAGCAGGACGACUGAGGCGAAAGACUUGUUCAUUAAAUACGCGAUAUUAAAUAAUAUCAGAUAUUAUUGAUAGUGCUAAAGAAAUUUGUUUGACAACGCAAAUAUUGAAGCACUCGUCUAAGGCUGUUUCGUUGAUAAUAUUAGACCGCUAAUUAUACACUGUACAGAAUUUCUAAUCGAUUAUUUUUUACUCGUCUACAAUAAAUCAUGGUGUUUCUAA